CCAACCCUUUUUUUCUGUGUUCUUCCCAGACUUUUUUCCUUUUUCUUUUCUUUUUUUUUCUUCUCAUGUGGGUUAAUAUACAGGCUGCAAUUUCGGAAUCUGCCCUUGUAUAUGGCGGACGAAAAUUUCCACAGCAGGAACCGCACCACCACAAACCCCCCUGUACCGAGGCAGAAAACGGAGUAGAGAGCCUGCACGGACUGAGAAGCAGUAGUGCAGUCACCUCUGGUCGGGGAGGGAAGAUUUCUGGAGCGGGGAGCCUGUUUCGCAUGAGCUGCAUCGUUUUUGGAGAAGAACGGGGUCAGAGGAGGUGGAGUCAUGAGUGCAAAAGAGGCACCCAAUCCUGGCAUGGAGCAGGCAGAUGGCGGGAGUGCAGCCACAGACGGACCCUCACCAACUUUAGCCUCAGCAACAAAGAGUACUAGUCCACCACCUGUCACAGUAAAGAAGGAGCCUGGCACCUCGGAGACGAGUAACGGCAAAGUUGGUGAUGCCAACCCUGCUGAGAUCUGUGUUGUCAUCGGAGGAAAUGAUGGAGGAGCAAGUAGAGGUGGAUCCCGUAGAGCUCAGACCGAGGGUAUGUUUGCCCUUGGUACUCCUCCUCCAACGAAGAGCACAGACUCGUGCAUAGGUUCCUAUGUAUGUGGGGUGUGCGGGAAGAAGUACAAGUAUUAUAACUGCUUUCAGACACACGUCAGGGCACACAGAGAAUCAGAGAGCAUGAUUGGAGAUGGUCUACCCCAGACACCCAACAAUAGCUUCCGUUACUCCUGUGACAUCUGCGGCAAGAAGUAUAAAUACUACAGCUGCUUCCAGGAGCACCGCGACCUGCAUGCAGUUGAUGAUCCCUAUGAACAGGUAGUGUUACCUAUGGAUGGCCUUAAAGAGGAGGAGCCGGUGGAACCCUAUCAGAAAAUCGGACCAAAAACCGGGAGCUACGUUUGCGAGUUCUGUGGGAAGCAGUACAAGUAUUUCAACCCAUACCAGGAGCAUGUUGCUCUUCAUACACCAAUGGGCUCCUUUGAUAUGAAGGCAUCACGGGUACAGGAAUGUGGGAGCAUGGAUAUGAGUAAAUUUGGCCACAGCCAAACUGGUAAGAUAAAAAGCAGUCCAUUCAGGCGGAAACUGGAGAGUACGAUUCAGUCCAGUCUGGUUGACACAAACAGUUCGCAGAAUUCAAGCGGAACUCCGAGCCCUCUGGUGGCCAGCUCCUUCUCUACAACACAGAAACCCUACACUUGUGGUGCCUGUGGCAUCCAGUUCCAGUUCUACAACAACCUGCUGGAGCACAUGCAGUCCCACGCUGCUGACAAUGAGAACCACACCAAAGGGGACUCUCCAAAAACCUCCUCAGCCGCGGGUCCUCAGGAACAGAUGUGGAGAGGUUCUCAGGCACAGGCACAGUCCCAGGCCCAGGCACAAGUACAGGUACAGGCCCAGGCCCAGGCCCAGGCCCAGUCCCAGGCACAGGCACAGGCACAGGCCCAGGCCCAUCCCUCAGUUAAACUACAAAUUCAGCCUCAGAGUAUCUCCCAGAGAAACAACACUCUCAGCCAGAAUAAUGGACUACCUGAGAAGGAGCGACAGCAGGUGGCUGAGCGGCUUUUACGGGUAAUGUGUUCAGAUCUGAGCAUGCUUAACGUGCUCAACAGCAAGGACUUCCUAAAGUUGGCACAAACCCUAGUGGAUACAGGGGCUCGUCAUGGUGCCUACUCCACCCGUGAUGCCCUUGGCAACAUGAGUGCCUUGGCACUGCGCCAGCUACCCCGCAUGUACAACCAAGUCAAAGUCAAAGUCACAUGCGCUCUAGGCUCCAAUGCUUCACUCGGCAUCGCUGUCACCUGCCACUCCCAAACGUCAGGUCCGGAUGCUUGCUAUGUUCUAACAGCCUACCAGGUUGAGGGGUCAAGACUGAAGCGCUAUGUACUUGGUGUGAGAGAGGUCGAGUUGAGGGAAGGGCCUGAGCAGGUUCACCACUGGGUGCAGAAUGUUCUGUCUGAGUUUGUUAUGUCAGACAUUCGCACCGUGUAUGUCUCAGAGCCCAGGGUGUGGGCAGCAGGAUUUGGGGGAUCACCACUGGGCAGUGGUGGCCGGGGGAGAAUAUGCUUGCGAUGCGCAGGAUGUUCACUCGGAGCAGUUGUCCAGGCGGUUCUUGGAAAACGCAGCCUCCAGGCUCGAGGGCUCCAUGAGUUGGCCGAGCUUCUCUCAACAUGCCGAGAUAUCGCCUCCUCCACCACGCUGGCAUUUCGUGAGGAACAGUGUACCAACACAUCCACAAGCACAACUGAGGAAGGUACGCAGGCCAGCCCUCCACAAUGCCCCACCCCUCCUUGCUGGGAUCGUAUGGCUGAAGCUCUUCUGCAGGUCCAUGCCCACUUUGAGCAGAUUUGUGAGGCUUAUGGCCGCAGUAAGUCCACGGCUCCACUCCUCCAGGGUCUCAACAAGCAUCUGCUUGGCACACUGGCUUGUCUGCUGGCCCCCCUGCGUUUGGCAGCUCUGGAGCUAAGCAGCCAGAGGAGACCAACUUUACAACAAGUGCUGCCUGUCUACUUACGCUUGGAGAAAUUUUUCACUUCUAAAGCUGGUGAGGCUGGAACCGGCACAGCUAGCAAACUCUGCCACUACUUCCUGGAAGCACUCAAAGAAAACUUCAAGGUUGAACGAGCCCACCAGGUAGCCAUGGUACUGGACCCACAGCUCAAGCUGCGAUCAGUGCCAGCCUACCAACAUGAGGACAUAAUCUCCCGUGCAUGCGAAAUGGCUGCUGAUUCAAGGGAUGGAGGUAUGACUGGUGGCGGAGGAUCAGGUGGUGAAGAGCGCGACACUGACGGCCCACCGACCCCUAAAAUAAGCCGCAUAGAGGGAGGUGGAAAAAAUGGUGGCAGUUCAAUGGGGACGUCAUCAUCUUGCACAGUGUCUGGUAAUGAUGACAGUCAAAGCCAAGUCAGACAAGAGAUCUUUCAGUAUCUGGCAGAGCCUCUUCUCCAAGGCACACCUGAUCUCUUCCAGUACUGGAGCUCAGCUGUGGGUGACAAGUUCCCCAGGCUUGCUCGUCUGGCGCUCUGGCUACUCGCUGUGCCCGCUGUGGGCAUACGCAGUGAGUGCGUGACUGUGUGCGAGCAGAGUUUGGCUAUGAAGAGGAGGCAGCAGGUAACCGCUGAGGAGAUGAACAAACUAAUUUUCCUUCGCUCUAAUAUGGGCUAGAAGAGAAGCCCAACCAACCCUAACCAACCAAACCUUCACCUCCAACCAAUGACUCGACUAUUAGUUAUAUAGGUUUAGACCAACUGUAAACUUAAAUGUGUAUGGACAGUAGAUACUUCUUGAGACAGAUAUUGACUGAAAAAACUCACGUUGUAUAGGUUGCAAACACCCAUAAAACAAUAAGGCUUAUAUAUUUUAUAUGGAGAAAGAACAGCUGUAAAGUACUGUGGACAAAAUUUAGGGGUGGAACGGUAACUCUCAAAAGAUUUUCUGUUUGGUACGCCACCCUCGGUUUGGGAUGCACAUGUGAGCAGGAUGAGUUUUGUCUUACUGCAGCCAGUGAUUUGAAUUACUCCAGCCUAAUGACAAAACCGCUAAAAGGCUAUAUGCUGUUAUUCUCAUUGGAUGGCAACAUUGUCAGGUAAAGUCAGCUCUCACUGCUUGAAUGAACUGUUAUCAACUUCUGAUCAGAGAUGACUCAAAGGAGUAUGGCAGUAAAUACUGUAGCAAAUACAGUAGGUUGUAGAAUCAUCAUUUUUGUUUGUGUAUGACAAAAAAAAUCUGUGGUGAAUCUUCACUGCCACUGCACCUCUGACAGUUGUACUAGGUUCAUGGUUUACCAACAUGCAUCACAGAAAAUUAUAUUUUUCAGCCAUCAGAGAUAAAUAGGAGGAGAUAAUGUGCAGAUAACUGCAAGCUAAAUCAUUGCAGCUAAUUUGAUGGUUGCUUCAGUGGCCUCAAAAUGUAGCUGCAGAUCAUUUGCAUGCACCACAUUGCUUGCAUUUUUAAUUCUAGAGGGUAAAAAGUAGCUGAUUAAACAUUCAUUCCGAUAUGAUGCCUUUCUCCUUGUUUAUGUUACAAAUUGUAAAGGAAAGUCAUCCAAUGGUUUUGUUUUCUUUCUAAAAUUAACUCAAGGUCUUAUGCUGCUAGAUAUGCAAGUCAAACUGCUAGACUCGCAUAGAAAAGACAAAACUAUUAAGUUAAAUUGAAUGAAAUCAAGCUUUUGGUUGAGUUUCCUUGUUACAGUAGAUAUUUGUUACAUGCUCAAAGAGAAAAAGCAUAUUAGAGCAUGUUAGUGGUCAGCCUUUACAUGGAUUUCAUUCAGCCUUAUUAUACAGUAGCUAGGUUGCACCAACAGGGAAAAUAUUUUGAUAAAUACAUUAUCCUAAACUUUUAAUACUUGAUGGUACAACCGAGCGUGCAAUGUCAGGUAAAUACACAAUAACAACAUCUUAAGUUCAUUGUAGCUGGCUUGAUGGUAGUUUCCGUGCUGAUAAUUCAGACACUUACAGCAAGUUGCAUCAAUGCACUUGUUUUUACACCAGAGAUGUUCUACCUGUGCAUUGCCCUCAGAUAAACAGCAGUAAUGUAUUUAGCCAUCUGUUUGGUAACCUGAAGGUGUCAACAGGCAGUAGGCAAGGAUUUAUUUCAUAUUUUUGUAAAUCCUUGUGUGGUUGCCCACGUGUGUGUGUGUGUGUGUGUGUGUGUGUGUGUUUGUGUGUAUAAGACUUGUCCAUAGAAAACUUUAUUUAUUAUUCUUUCCUCAUUUGUUACUCUAUAAAUAUUGUCUUCCUUAUGUGAGCUACAAAUUUUCAUUUUUCAAGGCAAUAAGCUUUAUCACAGGGCAUAGUUUCCAACCUCCUCUAUUAAACAUGACUGUUCUAAUAAUACUCAUAUGGUUAACUAUUAACAGUAAAUUAUUUUCAGUUUGUGAAAUCAACAGGAUUUUCUCAGGAAUGAGUGCACCCAAGCAGGCACCGCCACUUUUUUCCUCACUGUACCGACAACACACCUAACUGUGACCUCAAUGCCGAGGCAUGUACUCAACCACAACUUUUGCGAAACGUUCCACCCCGAAUGCAGUUAGUGCCACUUGCAACAAACAAUAAAUAGAUCACUGAGGUUUUAUUUCUUAUUUUCAGGACGAAACCAAUUCUGCCAGUACAUUCACUAAAGUCAACACUAAUGAAGUCAAGUUAUUUAUUUUUUUAUGGAUUCUAGAGUGCAUUUAACUAAUACCUCCCAAAAUGACUUGGAUGAAUGGAAGCUAUACUGUAAAUGUGUUUGUUGCUUCUGGUACUAAUUAGUCAAGUACUAGUUUGUCUUCUCUGUGUUUGGGCCUUAACUCACUUUCAUGCAAUCACCUUAAACCCUACAGUCAGAGCCAACAUCAUGCCUUUAUAUUGCUGAUCAAUGGCCUUCUUUUUACCAUCUUCUAUGAAGCUUGUAGUUUCUUUUUUGUUUUCCACUCUGGUAUACUCAAAGGGAUGAAUGGCUGAUGGUUGGAAACAGUGUCCUCUACUGGUCAAAUGUGUACUUUUUUACUGUGCUAUUUGACAAGUGCUUUUAUUCUCAAGGUCCUUAGAAAGAUAGAGCUCAUCAAGCAUGUAUGCUUUUUUUGUUUUUUCUCUGGGUUUAUAAAAUAGAGGUCAGGAAUUAUUCUAACAAUAACACAACCAAGCACAACUAUCCACUGUAUAAAGCUUAUACUGAAAUGACUCAGUAGUCGAGCAAAAAUCAAACCAGUGCAUAUCACUUUUGCAGUUCUUCAUUGGGGUCAAACCAGAGCAAGAAAUUAUUUCAAUAUUAUACUGAUAUUUUGAUAUGAGACUCAUUUGGAUUUUGGUUAUCAUAAUAUUUAUGGUGGACAUAUUUUUUUACUUUUCUGUCUACCCCAUAUUUAAAAAACAAACAAAACAAAAAAAAAAUAGUUCUGAAAAUGUCACUGUAUUAUUAACAGUAAAAAAUAUUAUAGUCUUAUAAAUCUGUUUUUGACAUGUGUCCCAGCUUGAGGCCCAGGUACAGUCACAUUACACUUUUGCCCUAUGAGAAGACACUCAGUUAAUUUUCAAAUCAAUUUUAUUUUUCAUUCAUUUAUAUUUAUGUAGCGUCAAGUCAAAUCACAACAAAAGUUAUUUCAAGACACUGUUCACAUAGAGCAGGUCUAGGCCGUACUCAUUUCAAGUGACACCUGUAAAAAUGACAAAUUCUGGCUUGUUUUUCCUGUUUCUGUGAUAUCUACAUGGGUCAGAGCUCACCCUUGUUCAGCUUUCACUUUGCAAAUGUGAACAGCCAGCCAGUAGAAACUUGAAAAUGGAGAUGUUACUAUUCUAGCACUAUGUCACCACCUUGUUUUGUAUAACACACUAACAGAAUGUGAACUGUAGCAUUGCCCUCAUAUUAGAUUUAGCCAAUUUAUCUAUUCAUUGCCAACUACUAAAUUAAUCACUAUUUUGAUUGAUUUUAAUAAGUUUGAGUCUUUUUUUAACGAAAAUAAUGUC